GAGCAGGAACUGCGAACCCGCCACUCAGUCCUCUCUGCCAGGGGUUGCCAUGGCGACGCGUACAGGCGCGGGCCUCAGAGGGCCGAGCGGGGCAACUUCUUAGCUGGUGUUGGCCCCAUCGGUCGGUCUAGGGAGGAGAGGGUCGGCGUCGUGAGGUUUUGCCUGAACCAUGUCCAGCAAAGCUGAUAAGAAGCGGAGAGUGGGUGGCCGGGGAGGCACCCGGGGAGGCACCCGAGGAGGCGCCCGGGGAGGUGCCCGAGGAGGUGCCCGAGGAGGUGCCCGAGGAGGCGCCAGAGGAGGCCCCCGGGGAGGCCCGGCAAGUCGAGUUUCUCAGGCUGCUCUGGCUGCACGGGAUGCAGAGAAUGACCAGGCCACCACUCGACCAGAAUCUGAACCUGAGCCUGUGCCACUCAAGGAGGAGCCUGAGCCAAUUUUGGAGGAACCUGAAGUAAAGGAACAACAAUUGGAAGAAUCUGAGAUGGAUGUGAAGCCCCUCUUCCUCUCCCGAGCUGCAAUGACAGGACUGGCAAAUGCAGACUGGACAGAGGAACAUAAUGCAAUUCUGGAACAUUUUGCCCGGGAACCCACGGAAUCUAUCCUUACCAUCUUCGUUGAUCCCUAUUUGGGGCUGAAGUUGGAACUGGGCAUGCCCAUACAGACCCAGAAUCAGAUUGUCUACUUCAUUCGCCAAGCACCUGUCCCCAUCACUUCGGAGAACUUUGAUGCGACUGUGCAGUUUGGGACAGUGCGGGGCUCCUAUAUCCCAGCCCUGCUCCGGCUGCUCACUGGUGUCUUUGCCCCUCAGAUUUUUACAAAUGUAACUUGGCCUGAGAGCAUUCGAAAUCAUUUUGCUUCACAUCUGCACAGGUUUUUGGCGUGUCUGACAGACACUCGGUACAAACUGGAGGGGCACACUGUCCUCUACAUCCCCACGGAGGCCAUGACCAUGCAGCCGGAGGUGGUGGUGAAGGACAAAGAGCUGGUGCAGCGGCUGGAGACCUCCAUGAUCCACUGGACCCGGCAGAUCAAGGAGGUGCUCAGCUCCCAGGAGACGGUGGAGACAGGAGAAAACUCAGGACCUUUGGAAGAGAUUGAGUUCUGGCGCAACCGAUGCAUGGACUUAUCUGGUAUCAGCAAACAGCUGGUAAAGCCAGGAGUCAAACACAUUGAGUCCAUCCUGCGCCUUGCCAAGUCAUCCUACCUGACACCCUUUAUCAAACUGGCCCAGCAGAUCCAGGAUGGCUCUCGCCAAGCACAGUCGAACCUGACCUUCUUGUCAAUCCUGAAGGAACCUUAUCAGGAAUUGGCUUUCAUGCGGCCUAAGGACAUAUCUAAUAAGCUCCCUAAUCUAAUCAGUCUCAUCCGCAUCAUCUGGGUCAAUUCUCCCCACUACAACACUCGUGAGAGACUGACUUCUCUCUUCCGAAAGAUGAGCAAUGAGAUCAUCCGCUUGUGCUGCCAUGCCAUUUCCCUGGACCGAAUCUUUGAGGGAUAUGUCUCUUCCAGCAAGGAGGACUUACAAGGCUGCAUUUCCUGUUGCCAUGCUUGGAAAGAUCACUACCUGCGGGCUGUACAGAUGCAUACCCAGUUCUCCAGUCGGGGCUGGGUCCUAGACCAGACCAGCAUAUUUGCUCAGGUUGAUGCUUUUGUGCAGCGUUGCAAGGACCUUAUUGAGGUCUGUGACUGUCAGUACCACUUCGCCCGCUGGGAAGAUGGCAAUCAAGGUCCCCUUCCUUGCUUCUUUGGUGCCCAGGGGCCACAGAUUACACGAAACUUGCUGGAAAUUGAGGACAUCUUUCAUAAAAAUCUUCACGUGCUGAGAGCUGUUCGUGGGGGGAUCCUGGAUGUGAAGAACACCUCUUGGCAUGAAGACUACAAUAAAUUUCGUGCUGGAAUCAAAGACCUGGAGGUGAUGACCCAGAACUUGAUCACUUCGGCCUUCGAAUUGGUUCGAGAUGUGGAGCACGGGGUGCUGCUGCUGGACACCUUCCACAGGCUUGCAGCACGGGAGGCCAUCAAGCGGACAUAUGACAAGAAGGCAGUGGAUCUCUACAUGUUGUUCAACAGUGAAUUGGCCCUUGUGAACCGUGAACUGAGCAAAAAAUGGCCAUACUUGGUACCCUACAUGGCCCAGUAUUCUGGACAGGCAUACUGGAUGCGGAUCCUUCGGCGGCGCAUUGACAGAGUCAUGAAUUGCCUUUCUGGUGCCCAUUUCCUGCCCCAUAUUGGGACUGGAGAGGAGAGUGUACAUACCUAUCAGCAGAUGGUUCAGGCCAUUGAUGAACUGGUUCGAAAAACCUUCCAAGACUGGACAGCCACGCUGGACAAGGACUGCAUUCGGCGACUGGACACCCCAUUGUUACGAAUCAGCCAGGAGAAGGCAGGCAUGCUGGAUGUCAACUUUGACAAGACCCUUCUGAUUCUGUUUUUGGAGAUUGACUACUGGGAGCGGCUGCUGUUUGAGAUACCCCAUUACGUGGUGAACGUAGCUGAACGAGCAGAGGACCUGCGCAUUCUGCGGGAGAAUCUGCUACUCGUUGCUCGAGACUACAACAGGAUUAUAGCCUUGCUGUCCGAAGAUGAGCAGGCCCUGUUCAAAGAACGUAUUCGAUUCCUGGAUAAGAAGAUUCACCCUGGACUCAAGAAGCUGCAUUGGGCCUUAAAGGGGGCCAGUGCUUUCUUCAUCACGGACUGCCGCAUACAUGCCAGCAAGGUGCAGAUGAUUGUGAAUGACUUCAAGGCUUCCACUCUGACCAUUGGCUGGCGGGCCCAAGAGAUGUCAGAGACACUGUUGGUUCGAAUUAGUGGCAAACGAGUAUACAGGGACCUGGAAUUUGAGGAGGACCAAAAAGAACAUCGGGCAGCUAUACAGCAGAAAUUGAUGAGCCUACAUGAGGACGUGGUGGCCAUCAUGACCAACUCCUAUGAAGUCUUCAAGAAUGAUGGCCCUGAGAUUCAGCAGCAGUGGAUGCUGUACACCAUCCGGCUAGACCACAUGAUGGAGGAUGCUCUGCGCCUGAAUGUGAAGUGGUCGCUGCUGGAACUAUCCAAGGCCAUCAAUGGGGAUGGGAAGUCCACUCCAAACCCACUUUUCCGAGUCCUUGUCAUUUUGCAGAAUGAUAUGCAGGGAGGUGUAGCAAAGGUGGAAUUCUCACCCACUCUGCAGACUUUGGCAGGUGUAGUCAAUGACAUUGGCAGUCACCUCUUUUCUACCAUCUCUGUCUUCCGCCACCUUCCCGAAAUCCUCUCCAAGCGCAAAUUUCAACGGGAUCCCAUCCAUAUAAUUGUGGAGCGAGAUGAGGACAUUAAGAAGAUCCAAGCCCAGAUUAGCAGUGGCAUGACUAACAAUGCCAGUCUGCUGCAGAACUACCUCAAGACCUGGGAUAUGUAUCGGGAAAUCUGGGAAAUCAACAAGGACUCCUUUAUUCGUCGUUACCAGCGCCUUAACCCCCCUGUCUCUUCUUUUGAUGCUGACAUUGCUCGCUACACAGAAGUGGCUAACAAUGUGCAAAAGGAGGAGACGGUCCUCAACAUCCAGUUCGUGCUCCUGGACUGUUCACACCUCAAGUUCUCGCUGGUGCAGCACUGCAAUGAGUGGCAGAAUAAGUUCACAACUCUGCUCAAGGAGAUGGCAGCGGGGCGCCUGCUGGAGCUGCAUACUUACCUGAAGGAGAAUGCAGAGAAAAUCAGCCACCCUCCCCAGACACUAGAGGAACUAGGGGUCAGUCUGCAGCUCAUGGAUACACUGCAGCACGAUUUGCCCAACGUGGAGAGCCAGAUCCCUCCCAUCCACGAGCAAUUUACCAUUCUGGAAAAGUACGAGGUGCCGGUUCCAGAUGAUGUGCUAGAGAUGCUGGACAGUCUGAAUGGGGAGUGGGUCGCUUUCCAACAAACUUUGAUGGAAAGUGAACAAAUGCUCAAGAAACACAAGGAAAAAUUCAAGACAGGCCUUAUUCACUCUGCUGAUGAUUUCAAGAAGAAAGCACACAACCUUCUGGAAGAUUUCAGCUUCAAAGGCCCCUUCACCAGCAACGUGGGCUACGUGGUGGCCCUGGAACAGAUCGCACAGCUGCGGGCCAUGUUGAUGGCCAUGCGUGAAGAAGAAAACACUCUCCGUUCCAACCUGGGCAUCUUCAAGAUCGAGCAACCGGCCUCCAAGGACCUUCAGAACCUGGAGAAGGAGCUCGAUGCACUGCAGCAAGUGUGGGAGAUCACCCGGGACUGGGAGGAGAACUGGAGCCAGUGGAAGACCGGCCGGUUCCUGACCCUGCAAACGGAGGCCAUGGAGUCUAUGGCCCAUGGGCUGUUCCGUCGCCUCACUAGACUAGCCAAAGAGUAUAAGGACAAAAACUGGGAAAUUAUUGAAACCACUCGCUCCAAAAUAGAGCAGUUCAAGAGGACCAUGCCUCUCAUCUCAGACCUGCGGAACCCUGCCCUCAGAGACAGGCACUGGGACCAGAUCAGGGAUGAGAUCCAACGGGACUUUGAUCAGGAAUCUGAAAGUUUCACCUUGGAGCAGAUUGUGGCGCUUGGGAUGGAUCAGCAUGUGGAGAAGAUUGCAGAAAUCUCUGCCUCAGCAACCAAAGAGCUGGCCAUAGAAGUGGCAUUACAAAACAUUGCCAAGACCUGGGACACGACCCAGCUAGAUAUAAUUCCCUACAAGGAUAAGGGCCAUCACCGCCUCAGAGGUACAGAAGAAGUAUUCCAGGCACUGGAAGAUAACCAGGUAGCUCUGUCGACCAUGAAGGCAUCACGUUUUGUGAAGUCCUUUGAGAAGGAUGUGGACCACUGGGAACGUUGCCUCUCCCUCAUUUUGGAGGUUAUUGAGAUGGUGCUCACAGUGCAGCGUCAGUGGAUGUACCUGGAGAAUAUCUUCCUAGGAGAGGACAUCCGCAAGCAGCUGCCGAAUGAAUCAGCCUUAUUUGACCAGGUCAACAACAACUGGAAAUCCAUCAUGGACCGAAUGAACAAGGACAAUAAUGCUCUUCGGAGCACCCACCACCCAGGGCUCCUGGACAAAUUGAUAGAAAUGAAUACAAUCUUGGAGGACAUUCAGAAGUCUCUGGAUAUGUAUUUAGAGACCAAGCGCCAUAUUUUCCCCCGCUUCUACUUCUUAUCCAACGAUGACCUACUGGAGAUUCUGGGCCAGUCUCGCAACCCAGAGGCUGUGCAACCACAUCUCAAAAAAUGCUUUGACAAUAUCAAAUUGCUGAAAAUCCAGAAGAUUGGGGGAUCCGGCGGCAAAUGGGAAGCUGUGGGAAUGUUCUCAGGUGAUGGCGAAUAUGUUGAUUUCCUCCACUCAGUACUCUUAGACGGUCCUGUGGAGUCUUGGCUUGGUGAUGUGGAACGCACCAUGAGGGUGACCCUGCGUGAUCUUCUCCGGAACUGCCGCAUGGCCCUCAGGAAGUUCCUCAAUAAAAGGGACAAAUGGGUGAAGGAAUGGGCUGGACAGAUGGUGAUCACCGCCAGUCAGAUCCAGUGGACAGCAGAUGUCACCAAGUGCCUGUUGACAGCUAAGGAUCGGGGAGAUAAGAAAAUCCUCAAGGUCAUGAAGAAGAAACAGGUGUCAAUACUAAAUAAAUAUUCAGAAGCCAUCAGGGGGAACUUGACCAAGAUCAUGCGGCUUAAAAUCGUGGCUCUGGUGACGAUAGAAGUUCAUGCCCGGGAUGUAUUAGAGAAGCUUUAUAAAAGUGGCCUUAUGGAUGUCAAUGCCUUUGACUGGCUCAGCCAACUUCGAUUCUACUGGGAGAAGGAGCUUGAUGAUUGUAUGAUCCGCCAGACCAACACACAGUUUCAAUAUGGUUAUGAGUACCUGGGUAACUCUGGCCGGCUGGUCAUCACCCCUCUGACAGACAGGUGUUACAUGACACUGACCACGGCAUUGCACCUACAUCGAGGGGGCUCCCCUAAAGGCCCAGCAGGAACUGGGAAGACAGAGACUGUCAAGGACCUGGGAAAGGCUCUUGGCUAUUAUGUCAUUGUGGUCAACUGCUCGGAGGGCCUGGAUUAUAAAUCCAUGGGCCGAAUGUACUCAGGCCUGGCCCAGUCCGGAGCCUGGGGCUGCUUUGAUGAGUUUAACCGCAUCAACAUCGAGGUACUGUCUGUGGUGGCCCAGCAGAUCCUGUCCAUCCUAACUGCUUUGGCUGCUAACCUCACUCGUUUCCAUUUUGAAGGCUUUGAAAUAAAUCUAGUGUGGUCUUGUGGAAUCUUUAUUACCAUGAAUCCUGGUUAUGCUGGUCGCACAGAGCUUCCUGAAAAUCUUAAGUCCAUGUUUCGUCCAAUUGCCAUGGUGGUGCCUGAUUCUGUACUUAUUGCAGAAAUCAUUCUUUUUGGAGAGGGCUUUGGAAACUGCAAGGUCCUGGCCAAGAAGGUGUACACGCUCUACUCACUGGCUGUGCAGCAGCUCUCCAGACAGGACCACUAUGACUUUGGCCUCCGGGCCCUCACCUCCCUCCUACGCUAUGCUGGCAAGAAGCGUCGCCUACGGCCAGAAAUGACUGAUGAAGAGGUUCUGCUGCUCUCAAUGAGAGAUAUGAAUAUUGCCAAGCUUACAUCAGUUGAUGUUCCACUGUUCAAUGCUAUUGUGCAAGAUCUUUUCCCCAACAUUGAACUGCCAGUCAUUGACUAUGGCAAGCUGCAAGAGGCUAUUGAACAGGAGAUUCGGGAUAUGGGCCUGCAGAUCACGCCAUUCACCCUCACUAAGGUUUUCCAGUUGUAUGAAACCAAGAACUCCCGCCACUCCACCAUGAUUGUGGGUGGCACGGGCAGCGGCAAGACUACCUCCUGGCGAAUCCUGCAGGCUUCCUUGUCCUCCCUGUGCCGUGCUGGAGAACCCAACUUCAACAUUGUUAGAGAGUUCCCUUUGAACCCCAAGGCAUUGUCCCUAGGAGAGCUGUAUGGGGAAUAUGACCUCAGCACUAAUGAGUGGACAGAUGGCAUCUUGUCCAGUGUCAUGCGGGCAGCAUGUGCAGACGAGAAACCUGAUGAGAAGUGGAUACUUUUCGACGGCCCUGUGGACACAUUGUGGAUUGAAAGCAUGAACUCCGUCAUGGAUGACAACAAAGUGUUGACCCUCAUUAAUGGAGAGCGUAUUGCAAUGCCUGAGCAGGUGUCUCUCCUGUUUGAAGUGGAGAACUUGGCAGUGGCCUCUCCAGCAACUGUCUCUCGCUGUGGGAUGGUCUACACUGACUAUGUUGACCUGGGCUGGAAGCCCUAUGUUCAGUCAUGGCUAGAGAAGAGGCCAAAGACUGAGGUAGAGCCACUUCAACGCAUGUUUGAAAAGUUCAUCAACAAGAUACUGGCCUUUAAGAAGGAUAAUUGCAAUGAGCUGGUGCCUGUGCCGGAGUACAGUGGCAUCAUUUCCCUCUGCAAGCUGUACUCAGCCCUGACCGCAUCAGAGAAUGGGAUGAACCUAGCUGAUAGUGAAUUCUAUGCGACUAUGGUAGAGAUGACAUUUGUGUUCAGUAUGAUCUGGUCUGUGUGUGCCUCUGUGGAUGAGGAGGGCCGCAAAAAGAUUGACAGUUACCUCCGGGAAGUUGAAGGCUCCUUUCCCAAUAAGGACACAGUGUAUGAGUAUUUUGUGAACCCCAAGACACGGAGUUGGACACCAUUUGAAGAUAAGCUCCCUAAGAGUUGGCGCUAUGCUCCAAACAUCCCCUUCUAUAAGAUCAUGGUGCCCACCGUUGAUACUGUUCGUUACAAUUACCUGGUAAGCACCUUGGUGGCCAACCAGAAUCCUGUUCUGCUGGUGGGUCCUGUGGGGACCGGAAAGACCUCCAUAGCCCAGAGCGUUCUGCAGUCCUUGCCUCCGAGCCAGUGGACAGUGCUCAUUGUCAACAUGUCUGCACAGACCACAUCCAACAACGUGCAGAACAUCAUUGAGAGCAGGGUGGAAAAGCGAACCAAGGGUGUCUAUGUGCCAUUUGGGGGCAAAAGCUUGAUCACUUUUAUGGAUGAGCUAAAUAUGCCAGCUAAGGACACUUUUGGGUCCCAGCCACCCCUGGAGCUGAUUCGUCUCUGGAUUGACUAUGGCUUCUGGUAUGAUCGCUCCAAGCAGACCAUCAAGUACAUUCGAGACAUGUUCCUGAUGGCUGCCAUGGGCCCUCCUGGCGGUGGACGGACUGUCAUCUCCCCAAGGCUUCAGAGUCGUUUCAACAUUAUCAACAUGACCUUCCCCACAGAGUCCCAGAUCAUCCGCAUAUUUGGCACCAUGAUCAACCAGAAGCUUCAGGACUUUGAGGAAGAGGUGAAACCCAUUGGGAUCGUGGUGACAGAGGCCACCCUGGAUGUGUACAAUACGGUGGUACAGCGCUUCCUGCCCACACCUGCCAAGAUUCAUUACCUCUUUAACCUUCGAGAUAUCUCCAAGGUAUUCCAGGGCAUGCUUAGAGCCAACAAGGACUUCCACGAUACCAAGUCCAGCAUCACACGACUCUGGAUUCAUGAGUGUUUCAGAGUCUUCUCUGACCGACUGGUUGAUGCAACAGACAUGGAAGCCUUUGUGGGCAUCAUAAGUGACAAACUUGGCUCCUUCUUUGACCUUACAUUUCACAAUCUCUGUCCCAACAAACGUCCUCCCAUCUUUGGGGACUUCCUGAAGGAGCCCAAGGUCUAUGAAGACCUGACAGAUCUGUCGGUACUGAAGGCAGCCAUGGAGACUGCAUUAAAUGAGUACAAUCUGUCCCCCACUGUUGUACCAAUGCAGCUGGUGCUCUUCCGAGAGGCCAUUGAACACAUCACACGGAUCGUGCGGGUGAUUGGACAGCCUCGGGGCAACAUGCUCUUGGUGGGCAUUGGAGGCAGUGGACGCCAGAGUCUAGCCCGCUUGGCCUCAUCCAUGUGUGAUUAUGACACCUUCCAGAUUGAGGUCACCAAACAUUAUCGGAAGCAAGAGUUCCGAGAUGAUAUCAAGUGUCUGUAUCGCCAGGCUGGGAUAGAGCUCAAGACCACGUCCUUCCUUUUUGUGGACACCCAAAUUGCUGAUGAAUCCUUCCUAGAGGACAUAAACAACAUCCUCAGCUCAGGCGAGGUCCCUAAUCUCUACAAGCCUGAUGAAUUUGAGGAGAUCCAGACGCAGAUCAUAGAUCAGGCCCGGGCUGAGCAAGUGCCUGAGUCCUCAGACAGCCUCUUCGCCUACUUCAUCGAGCGUGUGCGGAACAACCUGCACAUUGUGCUCUGCCUCAGCCCUGUGGGGGACCCCUUCAGGAACUGGAUCCGCCAGUACCCAGCCUUGGUGAAUGGUACAACCAUCAACUGGUUCUCAGAGUGGCCCCAAGAGGCCUUGCUAGAGGUGGCUGAGAAGUACCUCGUGGGAGUGGACCUGGGGACACAGGAAAAUAUCCACAGGAAGGUGGCCUGGAUCUUUGUCACUAUGCACUGGUCAGUGGCUAGGUAUUCUCAGAAGAUGCUGUUGGAACUGCGGAGAUACAACUAUGUCACACCCACCAACUACCUGGAACUGGUGUCUGGAUACAAGAAGCUGCUGGGAGAAAAAAGGCAGGAGCUACUGGACCAAAUCAAUAAGCUGCGGACGGGAUUGUCUAAGAUUGAUGAAACUAGGGAAAAGGUGGAAGUGUUGUCCUUGGAGCUGGAAGAGGCCAAGAGAAAGGUGGCUGAGUUCCAGAAGCAGUGUGAGGAGUACCUGGUCAUUAUUGUGCAACAGAAACGGGAAGCAGAUGAACAGCAGAAGGCUGUAACAGCCAACAGUGAGAAGAUUGCUAUUGAGGAAGUCAAGUGUCAGCAGCUGGCUGACAAUGCCCAGAAGGAUCUAGAGGAGGCAUUGCCUGCUCUGGAAGAGGCCAUGCGGGCCCUGGAAUCUCUGAACAAGAAGGAUAUAGGCGAGAUCAAGUCUUACGGACGGCCCCCUGCCCAAGUGGAGAUAGUGAUGCAGGCAGUCAUGAUUCUUCGGGGCAAUGAGCCCACAUGGGCAGAGGCCAAGCGGCAGCUAGGGGAACAGAACUUCAUCAAGUCCCUGAUCAACUUUGAUAAAGACAAUAUCUCAGAUAAAGUGCUGAAGAAGAUCGGGGCCUACUGUGCCCAGCCUGACUUCCAGCCUGACAUCAUUGGCCGUGUCGCCCUGGCCGCCAAGUCCCUUUGCAUGUGGGUGCGGGCCAUGGAGCUUUAUGGACGGCUGUAUCGGGUGGUGGAGCCCAAGAGGAUCCGAAUGAAUGCUGCCCUAGCCCAGCUUCAGGAGAAGCAAGCCGCCCUUGCUGAGGCCCAGGAGAAGCUGCGGGAGGUGGCGGAGAAGCUGGAGAUGCUAAAGAAGCAGUACGAUGAAAAGCUGGCACAGAAGGAGGAGCUUCGCAAGAAGUCUGAAGAGAUGGAGCUCAAGCUGGAGCGGGCUGGGAUGUUGGUGUCUGGGUUGGCUGGUGAAAAGGCCCGAUGGGAGGAGACAGCAAAGGGCCUGGAGGAGAACCUGGGAUACCUGGUGGGAGACUGUCUCCUGGCAGCUGCCUUCCUGUCCUAUAUGGGACCCUUCUUGACUAACUACAGGGAUGAGAUUGUCAACCAAAUCUGGAUGAAGAAGAUCUGGGAGCUUCAGGUUCCUUGCUCACCUAACUUUGCCAUUGAGAACUUCCUGACCAAUCCUACCAAAGUUCGGGACUGGAACAUCCAGGGGUUGCCCUCAGAUUCCUUCUCCACUGAGAAUGGUAUCAUUGUUACCCGUGGCAACAGGUGGGCCCUCAUGAUCGAUCCUCAGGCCCAGGCCCUGAAAUGGAUUAAGAACAUGGAGGGAAGCCAGGGCCUGAGCGUCAUUGACAUGCAGAUGAGUGAUUACCUUCGAGUCCUAGAAAAGGCCAUCCAGUUUGGACACCCAGUGCUGCUUCAGAAUGUGCAGGAAUCUCUGGACCCCACACUCAACCCAGUGCUCAACAAAUCUGUAACUCGAAUUGGUGGUCGGCUGCUGAUGCGCAUUGGUGACAAGGAGGUGGAAUACAAUCCCAAUUUCCGUUUCUACAUCACCACCAAGCUCUCCAAUCCCCACUAUAGCCCAGAGACCUCAGCCAAGACCACCAUCGUCAACUUCGCUGUUAAAGAACAGGGACUGGAGGCCCAACUGCUGGGCAUCGUGGUUCGGAAGGAGCGGCCUGAACUGGAGGAGCAGAAAGAUUCCCUGGUUAUCAAUAUCGCUGCUGGCAAGAGGAAGCUCAAGGAGCUGGAGGACGAGAUCCUCCGGUUGUUGAAUGAGGCUACAGGCUCCCUGCUAGAUGACGUGCAGCUGGUGAACACCCUGCAGACAUCCAAGAUAACUGCUACUGAGGUGACAGAGCAGCUGGAGACCAGUGAGACCACGGAGAUCAACAUUGACAUGGCCCGCGAGGCUUACCGCCCGUGUGCUCAGCGAGCGUCAGUGCUGUUCUUUGUGCUCAAUGACAUGGGACACAUCGACCCCAUGUACCAGUUCUCAUUGGAUGCCUACAUCAGCCUCUUUAUCCUCAGCAUUGACAAGAGCCAUCGAAGCACUAAGCUGGAGGACCGCAUUGACUACCUGAAUGAUUACCACACCUACGCUGUCUACAGGUACACCUGCCGCACCCUUUUUGAGCGCCACAAGCUACUAUUCAGUUUUCACAUGUGUGCCAAAAUUCUGGAGACUUCUGGCAAGCUCAAUAUGGAUGAGUACAACUUCUUUCUGCGUGGGGGUGUGGUCCUGGAUCGGGAGGGUCAAAUGGAUAACCCAUGUACGAGCUGGCUGGCGGAUGCCUACUGGGACAACAUUACAGAGCUGGAUAAACUGACCAACUUCCAUGGACUCAUGAAUUCUUUUGAGCAGUAUCCUCGGGACUGGCACCUGUGGUACACCAGUGCUACCCCAGAGAAAGCCAUGCUGCCAGGUGAAUGGGAAAAUGCCUGCAAUGAGAUGCAACGAAUGCUGAUUGUUCGCUCCCUGCGCCAGGACCGGGUGGCAUUCUGUGUCACUUCUUUCAUCGUCUCCAAUCUUGGCUCCCGCUUCAUUGAGCCACCUGUGCUAAACAUGAAGUUGGUAAUGGAAGAUUCAACUCCGAGAUCCCCACUGGUCUUUAUCCUGUCCCCGGGAGUGGACCCCACAAGUGCCCUGCUCCAGCUGGCAGAGCACACAGGCAUGGCCCAGCGCUUCCAUGCCUUAUCCCUGGGCCAGGGCCAGGCCCCUAUUGCUGCUCGGCUCCUCCGAGACGGUGUGAUUCAGGGACAUUGGGUGUUUCUGGCAAACUGCCACCUGUCAUUGUCUUGGAUGCCUAAUCUGGACAAACUGGUGGAACAGCUGCAGGUGGAGGACCCUCACCCUUCCUUCCGUCUCUGGCUCAGCUCUAGUCCCCACCCAGACUUCCCUAUCUCAAUCCUGCAGGCCAGCAUCAAGAUGACCACAGAGCCACCAAAGGGACUAAAGGCCAACAUGACACGUCUUUACCACCUGGUAUCGGAACCACAGUUUUCCCACUGCACCAAACCUGCCAAAUAUAAGAAGUUGCUAUUUGCACUCUGCUUCUUCCACUCUGUAUUACUUGAACGCAAAAAGUUCCUGCAGCUUGGCUGGAACAUCAUCUAUGGCUUCAAUGACUCUGAUUUUGAGGUGUCAGAGAACCUGCUGAGUCUCUAUCUGGAUGAGUAUGAGGAUACGCCCUGGGAUGCACUCAAGUACCUCAUCGCUGGUGUCAACUAUGGUGGACAUGUCACAGAUGACUGGGACCGGCGCCUGCUUACAACCUACAUCAAUGACUAUUUCUGUGACCAAUCUCUAUCAACUCCAUUCUACCGGUUGUCAGUCCUAGAGACUUAUUUCAUUCCAAAAGAUGGAACCCUCGCCUCUUAUAAGGAAUACAUCAGCUUGUUACCUAGCAUGGACCCUCCCGAGGCCUUUGGCCAGCACCCCAAUGCUGAUGUGGCCUCCCAGAUCACAGAAGCAAGAACCCUUUUUGAGACUCUGCUUUCUCUGCAACCCCAAAUCACACCCAUCAGUGCUGGUGGCCAGACCCGGGAAGAGAAGGUCCUUGAGUUGGCUACUGAUGUGAAACAAAAGAUCCCGGAGAUGAUUGACUAUGAGGGGACCCGAAAACUGCUGGCUCUCGACCCCUCCCCACUCAAUGUGGUCCUUCUGCAGGAGAUUCAGAGAUACAACAAACUCAUGGAGACCAUCCUGUUCUCACUUACAGACCUAGAGAAGGGCAUCCAGGGCCUCAUCGUCAUGUCAACAAGCCUGGAAGAGAUUUUCAAUUGCAUUUUUGAUGCCCACGUUCCUCCACUCUGGGGAAAGGCAUAUCCCUCACAAAAGCCACUGGCUUCAUGGACCCGGGACCUGGCCAUGCGUGUGGAACAGUUUGAGCUGUGGGCUAGCCGGGCACGGCCUCCUGUGAUCUUCUGGCUCUCUAGUUUCACCUUUCCCACUGGGUUCCUUACUGCUGUGCUGCAGUCAUCAGCUCGCCAAAACAAUAUUUCAGUGGACAGUCUCUCCUGGGAAUUUAUUGUUUCCACAGUGGAUGACAGCAACCUAGUAUAUCCACCCAAGGAUGGUGUCUGGGUUCGGGGCCUAUACCUAGAGGGUGCCGGCUGGGACCGGAAGAACUCCUGCUUAGUGGAAGCAGAGCCCAUGCAGCUGGUCUGUCUUAUGCCUACGAUCCACUUCCGACCUGCAGAGAGCCGAAAGAAGAGUGCCAAGGGCAUGUAUUCUUGUCCGUGCUAUUACUAUCCCAAUCGGGCAGGCAGCGCUGACAGAGCCUCCUUUGUUAUUGGCAUCGACCUAAGAUCUGGGGCUAUGACUUCUGAUCACUGGAUUAAGAGGGGAACUGCUCUACUCAUGAGCCUGGACAACUGAGGCGGCUUCCUUUUCUUCCUGGCUUGAGAGUGGGUUGGGGACUCUGGAAGCCAAGAUCAUUGGCUUUGGCUGAAUCUGGCGUGUAUAGGGCCCUGGAGAUAACUAGUCAUUCUAGCCAUAAAGGAGGAUGAGUUGUAUUGGAGCUGUGUGCAGUAAAACAGCACAAGCCCUAA